UACCUGUACCAACACGUAAAUAUUCAUUCUCUUUAAAGAAUUGCCCCUAAAGGAGCAAUAUUCGUCGUCUUUUUUGAUCUUUUGCUCUCCUUCUACUGUAUAACGUUCGAGUGUGUAAAAAAUGAAUGGUUCAAGAAGCAGUCGCGCACUACUGAAGUAUAUCAACAAGGCGACGGAUCCGUUUAAUCUUGAACCUAACUUGGCUUUAAAUUUGGAAAUUGCUGAUUAUAUUAAUGAAAAACAAGGAAACUUACCCCGUGAGGCAGCUCUUCUCCUCCUUAAACGUUUGAAUCUUGGGAAUCCCACCGUUGCCUAUCUUUCUCUUAAUUUACUUGAUAUAUUAGUGAAGAAUUGUGGCUACCCUUUUCAUUUGCAACUUGCUUCUGAAGACUUCUUGAAACGUUUCUUACAAUGUUUCCCUGUCCAUCCUCCUCUUCGAUUGAACAAAAUUCAUAAGAAGAUAUUGGAGAUGCUGGAGGAAUGGAACAUUCUUUUAUGUAAAAACAGUCGUCACCGGGCUGACUUUACCCGAAUCCAUGAUAUGCGGGAGCUUAUGGCUUAUCGUGGCUAUAAGUUCCCCAAAGUCGACAAGGAUGCCAUUAACGUUAUGAUUCCGAAGAGCACACUCCGUUCAGCCCAAGAGCUGGCGAAGGAGGAUCGUAUCGCGCAUGAAGCGAAACUGCAAGAACUUCUUCGUCGUGGUACCCCCAUGGAUCUUGCUGAAGCAAAUGCUUUAAUGAAGAUCAUUGCAGGCUACGAAAAGGAUGAUACGGAAGACUAUUAUGCUACCGCUUCAGCGGAUAUCGAGAACAUUACGAAGAAAACACAUCUUGUACAGCGUAUGUUGUCGGGAGAGCAUGUUGGUGAGGAAUCGCUUGAGGAAGCGAUCGAUUCGCUGAAAGCUUGUCAGACCACGGUAAACCGUUUGCUGCAAGAAGAAUCCGAAGAUGAAUACUAUGUGUCAAAACUUCUAGAGCUGAAUGACUUAAUUCACUCCGUUCUUGGCCAAUGCAAUGAGCAGAAUGUGCACGGUCAACCGUCUGAGAAAAUGGACGCCGCCGUUGAUUCUGCUACUUCAAACAUUCAAUCACUUUCACUUAUUGAUUUCGGUGAUGAACCAACGCAAGCUAGCCCUUCCGCUGGGGCGAGCGCACUUUCCUCUGAGAAUUCCUCGUCCACUCCGAACCCAGUCUCCAAUGCAUUUAGUCUUGAUAAAGUUGAGCAAAAAGAGACCUCGAAUUCUUCUUCUGUGUUUGAUCUUUUGCAGGACCCUGCUUUUAUUCCUUCCGUACCUGCUGCUACAGCUACUACUGCUUCUUCAAUUGCCCAACCUUCUGUUUCUAUUUGCAAAACAGAUUCUUUAUCCCUAGAGGUUUUCGCUUUGAACAGCAGCAAUGUAGAUGAUUCAUUAACUGUACGCUUCAAGGCCGUUUUUUCCAACAACAACACCAAUCCGGUGUCCAAGAUUAAUCUACAAAUUGCUGUCGUCAAGUCAUUACAUUUGGAAUUGCAUCCAAUUCAAGGUGCUCCAGAAUUGGCUCCGGAGUCUAAGGAUGCGUUAUCUGAAAUUUUCGAUGUUUCUAAAGUUCCUGUUUCCUCCGAGUCUGUAAAAAUACGCUGGAGACUUUCUUGGCUUUGCGGUCCAACCCCCUGCUCUUCUACUGGGGAAUCAGUCCUUCCAUUUACUCACACUCCAUAAAUUAUGUAAGUAUAAAACCAUGUAACGGAAUCAGGCUCAACUUCCUCGUGGGUCAUUUUGUUAAUAGUUAUGUGUCGUUCAGUAAUAAAUAUAUUAACCAAAAUAAACUGUACUUUUAUGCUUCAAUGUAGUUGUUAACCAAAAAAUGAACAUUAAU